CGGGGGCGGAGUGAGGAGCCAGUGUGCUGUAAAAGGUAACCUGGCGAGUGGUAGCGGCGCUUCUCCCGUGCUGUGGCUCACGCUUUGGGUACUAGAGGCCGAGACUGUUCAGGCAAUACCGACCUCGGUGGCGACGGCGGAGGCUCUCAGAGGAGUGACAGAGUACGGUCUGGAGGCGGGGCUUCCGGCCAGCCCAGAUUCUGUCAUAAUGAACGGAUCCAGUGUGGCAAAUACAUCACCCAGUGUAAAAUCCAAAGAGGACCAGGGGUUAAAUGGCCAUGAUGAGAAGGAAAACCCAUUUGCAGAGUACAUGUGGAUGGAAAAUGAGGAAGAUUUCAACAGACAGGUGGAGGAGGAGCUGCAGGAGCAAGACUUCCUGGACCGUUGCUUCCAGGAGAUGCUGGAUGAAGAAGACCAAGACUGGUUUAUUCCAUCACGAGACCUGCCUCAGGCCAUGGGACAGUUGCAACAACAGUUAAAUGGACUGUCAGUCAGCGAUGGGCAUGAUUCUGAAGACAUUUUGAGCAAAAGUAACCUGAACCCGGAUGCCAAGGAAUUUAUUCCAGGAGUGAAGUACUGAGCUGACAAAGCUUUAAGGAGGACUUAACAUGUCCCCACAUCUGGGGACAGCGCUGCACAAAAUGUCAGAGCUGAAGAUGGGGGUGGGGCGGGUAAAGGGUG